UUUGUCUCAUCCAGCUUCCAUAUAUUCCUCUAUCCUUUCAAAUUCAAUGAAUUUUCUAUUUGCCUCUGCUUAGCAAUUAAUCAGAAUAUCAACUCUAGGUAAAUCAUGCUGAAACCAAAGGAAUUGCUGAAAGAGGUGUUGAUUUCAGGGUCGCCAAACCCUAGCAGUAAGUGUACUAAAAGGAGCCCCAAAACCGUUCACCCUCCCAUUGAAACUCACUGGCAGCUACCGCCCGUAAAAGAGCAACGCCCCCGCGGCAUCAUGAAGCUUCUCUCGCAGCCGUUCAAGUACCGGUGGAGGAGCCAGAGCCAGAGCCAGAAAUUGCUUCUCGAGGGGACUCAUAAUCCGAAAGACGAUAAAAUAGUUGAUGCGUUUCGCGAAUUGCUUUUUCUCGAGGGUCAUUUAUCGGAGAAGCAUUUGGAUUAUCACACUCUUUUAAGAUUUCUUCGAAUGCGAGACUAUGAUCUGUUGAAAGCUAAAGACAUGUUUGUGCAGUAUGUUAAGUGGCGAGAGGAGAUGCGGAUUGACACAAUCUUACAGGAAUUCAGUUAUGAAGAAUGUGAAGAAGUGAGGAAAUGUUAUCCUCAUGGAUAUCAUGGAGUCGACAGAUGUGGCAGGCCGGUUUAUAUUGAAAGAAUCGGAAUGGCUGAUCUUGACAUGUUUCUACGAGUAACUACUAUUGAGAGAUUUGUGAAGCAUCACAUAUGUGAACAGGAGAAGACUCUGAGCUGGAGAUAUCCCGCGUGCUCACUUGCUGCAAAGAAACACAUUGCUUCAACCAUAAGUAUCUUGGAUGUAAAGGAUGUGGGAAUGAACCAUUUUUCAAAACCUGCUAGGUAUCUGUUUAUGGAAAUUCAAAAAAUCGAUAGCUGCUAUUAUCCCGAGACAUUGCAUCUGCUUUUUAUUGUAAAUGCCGGACCAGGAUUUAGGGUACUUUGGAAAGUAAUCAAAGCGUUUCUUGAUGCCCGCACCUUGGCUAAGAUCAUAGUGUUGGGAUCCGACUACAAAAGAAGCCUAAUUGAAGCUAUUGAUCCAAGUAAUCUCCCGAGUUUCUUGGGUGGCGACUGCACAUGUUGUGACACUGGUGGCUGCCUCUUUAGCGACAAAGGACCUUGGAAUGAUCCUGAAAUCACUGCAACGCUCGAGGCAAUGCUUUGUACAGAGGAGGGUGAGCAGAGGAAUUGUUCGAGCGAAAAGAGUGCGUUUAGUCACAAUCAGAAUUCUGAAUUCGAAGACGCGUCCCCAACAAAUGAGAUCGCCACUGACUCUAGGAAAUAUGUGGAUGAGCAUUUCUUUCAGAAGCUCCAUGCUUUUGAGCCUGUGAUUGAAGAUGCAAAAGAAAAAAUCAAGAUGCUUGAAACUGCAUUGGAAGAUGCCAAGUUGGUCUUAAAAGGACUUUCACAGCAUAUGGAAGAGCUAAAGAGAUGAAUAAACUACCCAAAACAGUUAUUUUUACAUCAGUAACUGUAAAUAAAUGUCAAAACAUAUGUGUUGUUUGGCAGUGGCUAAUUAAUAAGUUCGCCGUCACCACACUUUAGUGUUUUUUUUGUGCUAGGUGAAUGCACGCACAUUACUCGGUAAUUAUUGAGGAGAUACGAUGCUCGGUAAAUGUUACUCGCCAAAUCCUUUCUUUUUUAUUGUGAUAUAUACACUCAAUUAAAUAUUA